UUUUUCCGGCCUGUGAACAAAGAAAAGUAUUCAAGAUGAGUUCCCUGAUCGGCAGUAUAGAAUCUUUUGUGCCAGGAGACAAUUUUAAGAACUUUCGCGACCGAUUGGAGAGUCUCCUGAGUGUCAACAAAAUCACGGAGGAAGAUCAGAGGAAAAAUCUCGCGAUCACGCUAAUGGGAGCAACUGCGUACGAUACCUUGGUUACACUUUUAUCACCCAAGACGCCCAGCGAAGUUACCUACAAGAAAAUCAUGGAGACGCUGUUGAAUCAUUAUGAGGUGAAAAAUAACGUCAUUGCCGAGAGAUGUCAGUUUCAUAUGCGCAACCGCAAAGACGGCGAGUCGGUGAAUGAUUACAUUGUGGAAAUCAAGGCCAUGGCAGACAAAUGCGAGUUUGGAGCAUUCCUGGAGGAGGCUCUACGGGAUAGACUGGUCAGUGGAAUCAAUGAUCAAGUGCUGCAACAGAAGCUGAUCCUCCAGAGUAAUCUCACAUGGGAGAGAGCAAAGGAAACAUCCAUCAUCGAAUUCCGUACACGGCGGAAUGUUCAGGAAAUGGGACAAGCGAUCGGAGGAGUCAAUCUGAUGAGCAAACAAUCCGCCCACGCGAAGCGUCAGUCAUCAGGUGGACAUCAACGUCAUCGUAGUCGUCACAGGGAAGGCGCAAAAGGACAAGAGAAUCGAUCUUCAGCUCCAAGUGGUGCUUCAUGUGACAAAUGUGGACUUCAGCACGCUCAAGGUCAAUGCAAAGCUGCGAAGAGCAACUGCAGGAUGUGCGGGAAGAAGGGCCAUUGGGCUGCGAUGUGCCGCUCCGGGAAGACGCUGACGUCGCUCCAUGCAACAACAAUGGAUAGUUUUAACCCCAUGUAUUUGAAGCUCAACGUAGAUGGUCAGGAUACGAAGUUUGAGGGUAGUGCCUAAGCUUAAGUCAGAUCUGAAGAAUAAGGAUAAGAAAGUACAUUUUAAGUUGCCGGAGCAAAAGUUCAAAGUUAAUGAUUCAAUUUUUUACCGAGUGGAAGAUAAGAAUUCAGUUAAGUGGAUCCCGGGCAGAGUCAUUAAGGUUCUAAGUAGGAUUAGAUACCAAAUUGUUGUUGAGAACAGAAUUUUGCAAGCCCAUGAGGAUCAGUUGAAGGUGAACAACACACCUAUUCAUCCAAGAUGUCGCAUAAUUUUUCAUAAAAAGGAGGAAAUGGAAAGUGAUGACGAUGAGACGACUCUAAAUUCAGAAAGUUUUGAUACCGCGAAGUCUGAAUCAUAUUCGUCAGACUCAGAUCAGCCCCCAAGGCAAGACUCUCAU